AUGGAUUCCCAAGAUGAUGGUCUGAAAUGGUUCGGUGAAGGUUUUGAUGGUUUUCCCAAACGUCUACCAGAAGACUGUGUCGAGUACACUCUUUUCAUCAUCGACUCUAGACUGAAGAACCAGAAAGAAGUGCUAUCACGGCUUGAAGCCGUGCGCAAAGAGUCGCUGAAGCUUACUGAAAGCCUACUUAAGGACUACAUAUGGCAGCGCGAUAAGUUCAAGUUGGAACUUGAGAGUGGAAAGGGACUGAUGUACCUACAUGGCCUAACCAACUAUGGAGAUUCAGUCGAAGACGAGUGGCUCAUUGUAUAUAUUCUCAGAGAAUUGAGCAACCACUUCCCAGAUUUAUGGAUCAAAGUCGUAGAUACAGAUGGCGAAUUCUUAUUGAUUGAAGCUGCAAACGCGUUACCAAGAUGGUUGAACCCCGAGAUAGCAGACAAUCGGGUCUGGAUCCACCAUAAUCAACUUCGUAUCAUUCCACUCACUGCAGCUUCGUCAUCAAGUACUACCGACCAAACAGCACCAAUCUCUCGCAGUCUGACAAUUCAGGAAGCCUGCCAAAUAAUUACCUCGACCCCAGACAUCCUCAUGAACUCACCUCUGAUUGAGGAAGAAGCUUUCUAUCGCCUCAGAAAUUACCCAGACCAGAUCCAGGCCUCAAUGCACCAUGCUCUGAUCACCAUACCUAGGAAGCUUGCAUCUAUUCUACACGACCGUCCAACAUCUAUUGCCCCUGCAACGGAGGCCUUUUAUUUGCGUGAUCCGAUUGCCUUGAAGCCCCUCCAAACAGAGUCAUCCGAACUGAUAUUUCCCCCAAAAGAUCUCGUUACAGUGUCCACACGCUUCACGAAAGUUCUAUAUGCUCAGCUGAAAUCACAGCAAUUCGAGUGUCCCGUAGCAUGGAGGGAUAUUCUACUCCAAACAGCCAAGGAGACAGGCGAGUCGGGCAAGAGAUAUGUCAGCCUUGAGAUGGGAAUGAAAGUCACUUCUGGGUUCGAAAUGCUUGUAACGGACAGUAAGAACAACGAUAACCGCGUCGUCCGAGAGUUAAAGAUUCUGCUAGACGACUUAGCUACUUGGGAAGACUCCGACCUACCAUCCGACCAAGACAUUUCUAAGUGGAAAGAUGUGACCCGAGAAGACGACGAAUCGUGGCUGGAUAUCAAUUUCGAGGACUUCGAGAGAGAACUGCAAGGAAAGAGUCAAGACAAGAAGAAAUCGGGAGUUCCAGGUUCUUUUGGUCCAGAGCCGCCUUCGGGAUUUGGUGAUGCCAAGACGCAAGCUGAUCUGAAGAAAAUGGUUGAGAGAUUCGAGUCAUUUCUGAACGAUGAUAAUGCGGGUAUCGACGGAGCCGAGAUGGACGACAUGGAUUUUGACGACGACGAGGAUGAGGAAGAGGAUGAAGAAGAUAGUGAAGAUGAAGAUAAGGAUGUCAGCUUCGACGAAAAAGAAUUCGCGAGGAUGAUGAGAGAGAUGAUGGGGAUGCCGCCUGAGGAAGACGAGGCAGAAGAUCCGGCCAGUGGGCUCCGAAAGGUCGAGGAAGUUGAAUCUAGUGACGAUGAAGAUGGCUUGAGUGAAGCGAGGAAAAUUAGGAAGGUCAUGGAGAGGAUGGAAGCCGAGCUCAACGAAGCUGGAGCUCUUAAUCUAGACCCAACACCAAGAAAACUAUCAGCGCUCAAAGGCAAAUCGAAAGAAGAAGCUGAAGAGGAUGCCGAUUCUGAAGACAGCGACGAUGAUGUCAACAUUGAUUACAAUCUCGCCAAGAACCUGCUUGAAAGCUUCAAGAGCCAGGCCGGUAUGGCAGGUCCCGGAGGCAAUCUAUUGGGAUUGAUGGGAUUACAGUUCCCCCGAGAUGAAGAUGACACGGCGUCAACUAGUAAGAAGACAUGA